AUGAUAAAGUCACAGAAUCUCUUGAUAGUUUUGAUCUUGAUUUCAUUUUCACUCUCCAUUAUAUCUCAAAAGCUCAUUAACUGUACCCACUCAUGCCCCGGCGCCCAAAUUAAUCCCGUCCCCUACCCAUUCGGCUUCUCCUCUGGCUGCCAAAUCCAGCUCAAUUGCACCUCCGAUGGCUCCAUUUUAAUCGGUGAAUUCCCUGUUCAACAAAUUAACCCGGAUGGGUUAACCGUCAGCCUUCCCGCCAUGUGCGGCCGCCCCCUUGACGCCCUCAGCCACCUGUAUGGAGAACACUAUGCUCCGAUGUCUACCAACGGGAUCCUCAUGAAAAACUGCACCGAACAGACCAAGAAUUGUAUGUUUCCGAUGACGACGGUACAAACCCAUCUCAAGACUUGCAGCGACACGCUGGGUACUUACGGAAACGUGAGUUGUUACUCUGGUGAUGUUACUAGUAUGUUUCUUGAAUAUGAAAACGUGACAAGGAUGGGAUGUCGGUAUUUGUUUUCCGGCGUUGCCUCGGAGAUUAGUGGGGAUAGCAAGGUGGUGUCUAUAGAUGCUCAAGUAAUUAAGUUAGGGUGGUGGCUUAAGGGGAGUUGCGACUGUUCUCAUGAUGCUGAUUGUACAAAUAUUUUGUCUCCGUUGGAUGGAAGCGAUGGGUAUCGGUGUAGGUGUAAAAGCGGUAUUGACGGCGAUGGGUACAAAGCCAGCUCCGGUUGCGGGGAAGUGAAAGGAUCCAUGGGAGCUACAAGGAGGUUGAUAAUAGGACUCUCAAGUGGCAUUAUCGGAAUCAUGCUCAUGUUGUUUGUGAUAAUCUGUCGAAAAAAGAGGUUAUGGGAAAAUCUAGUUGCUCUUAGGUUGGGAACCACAACAAAUCAUGAUAUUGAAAUAUUCAUAAGGAACUUUGGACAUAUAGCCCCGAAAAGAUUCAAGUAUUCGGAAAUCAAGAAAAUGACAAACUCAUUUUAUGAGAAACUAGGGCAAGGAGGGUAUGGAAGUGUCUACAAGGGACAAAUGCCUGAUGGGCAACUAGUUGCAGUAAAGCUCUUAACUAAAGCCAUUGGAAAUGGACAAGAUUUCAUCAAUGAAGUCGCUAGUAUCGGUAGAACUUCUCAUGUCAACAUAGUCACACUCAUAGGCUUUUGCUUUGAUGGAAAAAAAAGAGCCCUGGUAUACAUGCUCAUGUCAAAAGGAUCCUUGGAUAAGUUUUUACAUGGUGAUAUAUGUCGUCUAGAGUGGAACACGUUAUUCCAGAUUGCAAAAGGGAUUGCACGAGGUCUAGAGUACCUACAUCAACAUUGUAACACGAGGAUAAUUCAUUUCGAUAUAAAGCCUCACAACAUUCUAUUAGACGAAGACUUUGUCCCAAAAAUAUCUGACUUCGGGUUGGCUAAGUUGUGCAAGAGGAAAGAGAGUCUUGUAUCUGUAACGGGAGCAAGAGGUACCGCUGGAUACAUGGCCCCUGAAGUAUUUUUCAAAAGUUUUGGAGGUGCUUCACAUAAGUCUGAUGUAUAUAGCUAUGGGAUGAUGGUUCUUGAAAUGACAGGUGCACGUAAAAAGAACAAGUCUAACGACACAAGCAUGAGUGAAGCAUAUUUUCCGGAUUGGAUAUACAAGGAAGUAGAAAGUGGAGAUAAUCUAGGGGUUGAUGGGGUGACAACCGAAGAAGAAGAGGAAUUAGCUAGGAAGUUGGUGAUGGUGAGCCUGUGGUGUAUCCAGUCUGAUCCAUUGGAUCGACCAUCGAUAAGUAAAGUUGUGGAGAUGUUAGAAGGAAGCUUUCAAUCAUUAAAAGUUCCACCUAGACGUUUUUGGUCAUCUCCCGCAAGGCAUACGCAAGACAAUUCUCCAUCAGCCACACAGAAUUUGAGCAGCGAGGGAAUAUUAAAAAUGCAGGCUACCGAAGAAGAAUUAUCUUCAUGACUCUGCACAAAAUAAUUUUUUGUUAGAAGAGAUCUUUCACAAAUAUUAAUUCUAUUCAAAGUUAUCUCCCACAAAUUCUGUGUAUACCAUGGAAAAUCAGUCAAAACAAAGUGUAGAUGUAAUUCGGGCUUUCUUUUGGUUUAUAUUUUUUAAUGCAUUGUUGAUUAAAAACAACUUAGAUGGCUCAAUGUUGAAAGCACUACCCUUUUUUUACACUACGUACAUAUAUUUUUGAGUCAUUUUAUGUAAUCAAAAUUUGAUAAUGGG